AUGCGCCUCGCCAGCAGGCUUCCCUUCGCGUUUACAGCGGCGCCGCGAGCCCCAACCAUCGCGCCAUGGCGAACCCCCAGCAGCGGACACGUCCCAUCGCAAAAUCAUAAUCAAACCCCUCUUCUAUUCACCUCGCGCCGUCAAUUCUCCCAAACAUCACCCACCUUCUCCUCUCCCUUCCGCCUAUCCACCAACAAUGGCCCCGCCGAGCACUCCUCGCCAUCGCAGGCCGAAUACGAAAUAAACGACCCCAACGACCCGCUCUCCCAAUACAGCCAAUACAAACCGAAGCGCCAAUGGCCCCCUGACAUGUCCAAGCUCUCCCCGAAACACCAGUUCCGGCUGGAGCGCAAGUACCGGCGGCGCGCGGCGUUGAAGUUCGCCCGCCCGAAGUGGAUGAAGGCGACUAAGUUGGUGCAGUGGGGUGUUAUAGGGUUUGUCCUGGUAUAUGCGUUGCUCUUUAUGGAGUGGGAUGACAAGGGAAGUCCAUUUGACGAGUUCCGAAGGACUUUCUUCGCCGGUGUCAAGGGCGCCUUCUCGACUCCUCCCCCUCCAGGACCAGUCCGGAAAUCCGACGACACGACAACCAAGGAGCAGUAG